AUGGCAGCCUUUCUACUGCGAUCACUACUUUCGGAUCCUUCAUUUACAGAAACUUUCGGGUUCGGGUCAUCGAAACCCGGCCCAACGAUGGACUGGAAGGAGACCCGAGAAGCCCACAUCUUCAAAUUCGAUCUUCCGGGUCGGGUUAAAGAUGACGUUAAGAUCCAUGUUCGGGAUGACAGAGUGUUACACGUAAGCGCCGUCAGUAAAGAAGAAGAAGAAGAAGAUUACGGCGGCGAAAAUAAGAGUAACUAUAAAUGGCAUUGUAAAGAGCGCGUUCGUGCGGGAAGUUUUUGCCGGGAAUUUAGAUUGCCGGAGAAUUGUUUGGUUGAUGAGAUAAAAGCCUCCAUGAGCGACGGAGUGCUGGUUGUCACGGUGGCGAAAGACCUUAACAAGAAGAUGAAAAAGCAUGCCGGAAAACAUGCUGUUCAAAUCUCCGGCGAUGGAGAUGAUUCGGGCUCUUCUGCUGCUACUAAAGGAUUUGGCCGAUUUGUUUGCUGCAAAGCUUAAUUUAUUUAUAUAAAUACAUAUUUAGUUUUGUGUAGAACACACACAACCACGUUUUGCUUUGUGUUUUGAAUUGUUCAUAGUUAUGUCCCAGCAUGGAUUAAUUGUUUGUCAAAUAUAUAUGUAUAUAUAUAUAUGUGUGUGUGUGUGUGUGAAACAACAGAUUAUAUUAGUGAUGAAUUUUUUA